CAAACUUUCUGGACUGGGAAAGAAAUGUGCGUUUAGUUCUUAGACAAGAAAAUAUUGAGUAUGUGUUAGACACACCGGUACCCAAGAUUCCUGAUGCCAACUCUCCUGAGUUUGCCACGUUUGACCUGACUGCUCGAGAGAAACACGUCACUGAUGCUAAAACUGUGCAAUGUGUUAUGUUGGCUGCAAUGUCUAUGGAGUUACAAAGGCAACACGAUAGGAUGAGCGCCUUCGAGAUGCUUGAACACUUGAAAAGUCUGUUUGAUUCAGAAAGUCAGACUCUAGAGUAUGAACUUCUGACAGACAUUUUCAAGUGUAGGCUUCAAGAGGGUGGCAACGUGUCUGAGCACGUCCUCAAAAUGAUUGGUUUAAUUGAAAGAGUUGCUACCACCGGAAUUAAGUUUGAGGAUCGUGUCUCAGCUGCUAUCAUCCUAUAUUCGCUUCCGAGUUCAUUUACUAACUUCAUUGUGAAUUAUAAUUUGAACAAAACGAAAGCGACCAUGUCUGAACUCCAUAACAUGCUCAAGUCUUAUGAAGCCUCAACCUCUAAAGGAAAGACUGUUCUUAUGGUAAGCUCUAAUGCUAAGUCUCGUUCUAAGAACAAGAAUAAGCAAAAGAAGAAAGGUAAGGUUGGACCUACUCCUACAGCUCUGAAGCCUAAAGGUGGAGGUCAUAUGAAGCCAAAGGUUGCAAAGGAUGUUUGCCUCUACUGCAAAGAGAAGGGGCAUUGGAAGAGAGAUUGUGAGCUGUAUAAGGCUAAUCUAGCCAAAGCACCGGGUGCUUCAAGCUCAGAAGCCUGAGAAGCAGUGUAGCAGUUGGACUGGAUAAAAUUGACCUACGCGUGAAGGCUGGAGCAAAAGUUGCUGCUGAACGUGAUAGGAUCUUAUAGUUUAGAUUUGCC